UUUGCUACAAAACUUGGUCACACUGUCUACUGCGGAGAAAUAAGUUGAAGAGUUUAUCCGGAAUCCCUGCGCCCCGUGCGGUAACUGUGGACUACCAUGAACACUGCGGAAGCCAGCGGCAGCCACAACAGUCAACCGCCGCCCACCCAAAAUGAGUUGUCCCUCGAGGAGUAUGUUAUCCACGUGUAUAUGCCGAACAAGAGCUUCAAAUCUGUUCGGUUUAACGUCAAGGAGACUGUUUUCCAUGUGAUCCGGAAGACCGUCGAGGAUCUGGGCAGGGAUGGACCGCAGCAGCCCAGUAUCCAGCGGUAUGCCUGUCGCAUGCUCAACAUGAUCACCAAGGAGGUGAUCUGGUUGGCCAGGAGCACAUCGAUGCAGAAGGUGCUAAGCCACAUACUGACGCCCGGCUGCUCGAAUGUGGACUGUCCCAACAACCAGGCGGAGCUGGAUGAGGGCAUGCUGCAGCAUCAGGAGCACGACCGCCGGAUCACUGCCAACAGGGUGUGGCGCGUUGAGCUGAGGGUGCGCUACGUGCCGAACAGUAUUCAGGAGCUUUUCGACGAGGACAAGGCCACUUGCUUCUACUACUUCAAUCAGGUGAAAGAAGACUUUAUUCAGGCCAAUGUCAGCUCGAUCGACACUGAGGUGGCGGUGCAGCUGUGCUGUUUGGGAAUUCGGCAUUACUUCAAGAACAUCACGGUGAAGGCGCCCGACAAGAAACAGCACAUCGACUAUAUUGAAAAGGAGAUCGGAUUUAAGAGCUUUCUCCCGCAAUCUGUGAUAGCCACAUCAAAGCCAAAGAAUCUUAAGAAAAUGAUCCAAGUCGGUUACAAGAAGGUCUACAAUUACAAUGACAUCGAGUACCUGACCCGGUUCUUCGAUCUUUUGAAAAAUAUAUAUUUAACCAACUUCGAGCAGUUCUCGGUAACACUGAGCUCGGCAUGGAAUAUUUCUGGAAUCCUACACGUCGGUCCUCACAUUGGAAUCUCUUAUCAAACUCAUCCGCAAGCGAGCUUAACGAAUGUGGCCCAGUUUAAGGACGUUGUUGCUAUUAAAACGUGCACUCUACCAAAGGAAAAGCUGCCCAAGUCUAGCGAAAAUGCCAUAGAAUCAGAUGUCAAUUGUAAUUGUCAGAAGAUCAAGACGCAGAUCAAGAUCUCUGCCUCCAACAAUGUUGAAGAUUUGGUCAUUACGUGCAAUGGAAUUAAUACUGCUGAGAGCAUCGCCGACCUCAUUGACGGCUACUGCAGAUUGCUGUCAAAAGACCUAGAGUUUACGGUGUGGCAGCGUGAGAUCAACGCUUCCAGCGAUGAUAGCGGCAAGGCAUCGCCCAAUGACGCCACACAGCUGGAGUCGAAUAAAUUAAUGACUUCUUCGGGUCAGGGAAAACCAAUGCUGACGGACGAUUACGCUGAGAUUGGUUUGUUGGAGGGCGAGGGCGAUUAUUCAACGCCCACCGUUCGAAAUUACGAGUUGGAUCGAGCCCACAUAAUACCGAGUGCCAAGAUAGGCGUGGGACAGUUUGGAGAUGUUUAUGUAGGCACAUAUACUCUACCAAAGUCGGCGACUAAAGUCAAGAACUUGCUGGGCAAUGGGAAGGAUAGUAAUAGCGACCAAAGACCAGAUGUCAUUCAAGUGGCAAUUAAGACAUGCAAAGCCAAUGAUGAUCCCGAGAAAACUGAAAAUUUUCUAGCCGAAGCUUAUAUUAUGCAGAAGUUCGAUCAUCCGCAUAUAAUACGCUUGAUAGGCAUUUGCAGCGUAAUGCCCAUUUGGAUAGUCAUGGAGCUGGCUAAGCUCGGUGAGCUGCGAGCUUAUUUAAAGACAAAUAGCGAAAGAUUAAGUCACGGUACACUACUUAAGUAUUGUUACCAGCUGUCGACGGCCCUUAGCUACUUGGAGUCGAAAAAAUUUGUACACCGAGACAUAGCUGCGCGUAAUGUACUUGUCAGCUCGCCCACUUGUGUCAAGCUGGCAGAUUUCGGGCUAUCCCGUUGGGUUUCCGAUCAGUCUUAUUAUCAUUCAACGCCCACAGUUGCUUUACCCAUUAAAUGGAUGUCCCCGGAGUCUAUAAACUUUAGAAGAUUCACCACAGCCAGUGAUGUAUGGAUGUUCGGUGUCUGCAUUUGGGAAAUCCUCAUGCUUGGAGUAAAACCGUUUCAAGGUGUAAAGAACAGCGAUGUUAUCUCGAAACUGGAAAACGGAGAACGCCUGCCCCUGCCUCCGAACUGUCCGCCAAGGCUGUACUCGCUGAUGUCACAAUGCUGGGCUUAUGAGCCUCUCAAAAGACCUAAUUUCAAAAGGAUUAAGGAAACGCUGCAUGAAAUUCUUAUUGAAGAUAGCAUCAGUUCGUCGGAGACUCUGAAGCGGGAGCACCGGCGAGUGGCUACCAUGUCCUGGGUGGGCGGUGAUGAAAUCGACAUUCCGCCACUGAAGCCAUCCAGAGCGAUGCAUGAUUCUGAUAUUACAGGAUUGAUGCCGAAAGUGGAGGAAACAACGUCGAUACCUCAAACCUAUAUCAUUGCACAAAAUCCCGCUGUGUUGGCCAAGCUGAUGAUGGAGAACCAGAAGCGAGGAAUUAAUCCGGCGGCCUACACCACACCAGCUUCGGUAUUUAAUACUCUAGCCGUAGGAUUAGACGACAGCAAAUCGAAUGUUUCGCUUAAGACCACAAAGCUUCCGGCAGCAGAUAUGCUAAAGCUUGACCCCAUUGCAGAGUCUGAAAGGCUACUCAAGUCCCAGUGCAAUGCCAGUCAGAUGGCGAAUCCUCUAACCGCUUUAGCUAACCCCCUCGAUCCUCUCAGUCCGAACACGUUUACGGGUAGUUUACCUUCAAAGAGUAGUUUCGUCGUUUGUCCACCGCCUCACAACACUGAUGAUCAAAUGCAAGGUGCCGCAGAUAAUUUAGCUAACCCCGCGGUGUCAAAGGUUACAGCUACGGGAUACAGCCUUUAUGGCAGCCUGGAGAGGCAUCAACCGGUGCUGGCAAAGCCCAUGCACUCGAAAGGUGGCAGUCUAGAGCGCCAUCAAUCACUGAUGUCCGCGCAAAAUCUUGUAUUCUACAAUACCAAGCCGACACAGCCGCCGCACUUUACAAAUACAGCCGAGCGCUCAAGGAGCAUGGAGCGAAAUACGUAUUUCCACGCCUACCGCCAGCAAAUGAAAACCUCUAUCGAAUGUGAAGCUUUGCCCGAGGAGAUCUACGAUUUUGGUGGUGUUGGACUUAAGACCUGUGUGUCUGCCAAGCAGCAACAGCAGCAGCAACACCAACAAGCCACUUGCAAUCCUUCGGUGAUGAAUAUGAUGCUUCCUCCACCAGUAGAGCUUGCCCACGCUCAAGCCCCCGUAGAAUUUAUACAGGGAUUACAGCCAAAUAUGCCAACAGAUUCCUUCGGAGUUAUAUCCCCCCAAAACUAUGAGGAAAGCUUGCGAAAUCAGAGAGAAUGGGAACGACAAUGGAUGCUUUCGGGGGCACAGAAUGUUGCUGCAAUGGGACCCAACAUAUCCGAUGGAGCCGUAUGCAUGGCUACCUUGCAGGCGGAGGCUAUGGGAAAUCAGGGCAAACACAAUAUUUUGGGUGAAAAGCUGCGCCAACAAAGGAAGGAUAGCAACAGUGACAGCGAAUGGUUAAUCCAGGAAGAAAGGCGGCGAUCUAGCUCCAUACCCCAUGGAUCCCUCAACGACCACCAGUCGCAAAUGUUCAAGCUGGACUUUAUGUCGGCCGGACCCUCUAGCUUGCCCGACUCCUGCUCCAACUCCAACUCUAGGCCCAUGACUCCAAAUGCUAAUCUUCUAUCGCUUAAGUCAAAUAACUCUUCGGCGGAUCACUUGUCUGGUUUGACAACGGUGAGCGAUGAGCAGCAGGCAGGUUCGAAUGCCAGAAACUUUGGUGGUGGUCGCCCACUGAAUCGUGCAGAUGACGAAGUUUAUUGCGCCACCACAUUGGUGGUAAAAUCAAUAAUGGUGCUGUCACAAGGCGUGGAAAAAGCCAAUACCGAAGGUUAUUUGGAACUGGUCAAGAAUGUGGGCGUAAAGUUGAGAAACCUGCUUACAUCGGUGGACAAAAUAUCGGUGCUGUUCCCAGCACAGGCCCUUAAGGAAGUGCAAAUGGCCCAUCAAGUCCUGUCCAAGGAUAUGCAUGAGCUUGUCUCAGCCAUGCGCUUGGCUCAGCAAUACAGCGACACUACCCUGGAUUGUGAAUAUCGGAAAAGUAUGCUAUCGGCUGCCCACGUCUUGGCCAUGGACGCCAAGAACCUGUUCGAUGUUGUGGAUUCGAUACGCCAGCGUUAUCAGCACGUAUUUCCCUCACCCAGCGUCCCAAGAGAUUCGACCACCACCAGUUUAUCUAGUUUUGAGUCAACCUCAACGACGACCAUGAAUGAUUUUGGUGGACAUCUUAAGUCAAGCAAUUCGGGAGAUCUACUGCACAGCACAGGGAUAUACGAUAAUGAUUUGCAUCAGAGCUUCAGCUCACAGUUGCAGUUGCAGAAUGCAACCUCCGGUGGCAAAGACUUAAGUGGUGGUGGGGGUAGCUUACAAAGAGGUAUGAGCAUUGGUCUGGAGGACCCUACCAGGUCGACAACAAAUGAGCCUUUGCGGAUUGUCGAGGAGGCAUUAAGUAGUCCGGGGGAGCACAUGUAUUGCAAUACGUCCGCCUUGCAUGGCCACGCGUAACUCUUCUAGUGUCUGCGCAGAUAGAUAUUAACUUAAUGAUUAAACUAUUGUACAUACCUAAAAUAUAUAUAUAUGUUCAGCGGAUAAUUCGCUUAUCUCUACGUAUGAAGCAUAUACAUAUAUAUAUGACUUCAAAGAUACUUACUCAAAGUUUGACGAGACCCCCAACUCGGCCGGCCGCAUUCUCACAUCGUCAUGUAGUCAAAAUAAUUUAAGAAACAAAGACACGUUCUUGAAUGAAAAAAUAGAAGCUGGCUAGUAAUAAUAUUUAUAGAUAACUUGACCCCGAUCUAAUACAACUAAAAAUGUAAUUCAUCAACAGUUUGGGUGUAUUUUAAGACAUUUAUAUUGUGAUUUAUAUAUUCUACCAAUACACAAGCUUUAUUCCGAGCUAAUUAA